AAAAAAACCAGCAACUCGUGUUAACAUGUUAAACUCAUUUAAUCUUUACAGUGAUGUAUGAGGUGCAUACUGUUAUUACCCCUAUCUUGAUGAUAGGGGCAGAGAGGCUAAGUAGUAUGCCUGAGAUCACGCAGCUACUGCAGGAGGCUCUCAGGAUUUGAAUCCACCUGGUCCCUCUGGCUCCAGCAUCUAUAUGCUUUUUUUUGUUGGUUUGCUCUUGUUGCCCAGGCUGGAGUGCAGUGGCACAAUUUCGGCUCACCACAACCUCCUCCUCCCGGGUUCAAGCGAUUCUCCUGCCUCAGCCUCCUGAGUAGCUGGGAUUACAGGCACUCACCACCACGCCAGGCUAAUUUUAUAUUUUCGGUAGAGACAGGGUUUCUCCAUGUUGGUCAGGCUGGUCUCGAACUCCCCACCUCAGGUGAUCCGCCUGCCUUGGCCUCCCAAAGUGCUGGGAUUACAGGCGUGAGCCACCGCGCCUGGCCAGCAUCUAUAUGUUAAACCCUACCCGCAACUGCCUCUGUCUUGGGGUCAGGGUUCUUGAACAGUCUGGGCCAGCCUGAGUUAGGAGUGGGAAGAGGAAGAGGAGGCACGCGCCCAAGUGUUCUUCCUGCCUGACUGAGUCCUCCAGCGCCUGUGAGGAAGGUGGGCACUGCUGUCACCCUGUUUCCCGGGAAGCCAGCAGGCCCAGGGAGAUACUGAGAUUUGCCAAAGGCUCACAGCGAGCAAGCAGCAGUGGGUGCUGGCCCCUCGACACCCAGCCUGGCACACACUGUCUCUGAGCAGACCUGGGAGAGGGCAUGUGAAACCCACCUGGCCAUGGCUGGAAGAGAAGUGGGGGAGUGGAAAUGAAAAGUAGGGACCGGGAGGAGCUGCCCACGUGCCCCUCCACAGUUCCAGGAUGGCGUUUUCAUGCUGGGAGUGAGCUUGCCCUGUGCCAGGCUGUCAUCGAGGCAUUUUCCAUUCAACAACUGUUUCUCAGACAAGGUGCAGGCAGGUUAGCUCUCCCAGGCCACUCAAGUAGUAAGGAAAUAGAUUUAAACCCUGACAGUUUGGCUCCGCAGCUGAGGCCCAAAGAGGGGUGGUGACAAGCCCAGGGUCACACAGCCACAGUCCCAGAGCUAGGAACUGCUGGCUAGGGCAAGCAGAGCGCUGACUCCUAGCCAACUGGGGGUGGAGCAGAGGUGGAGCCAGGGAGACCCAGGUGGCCUCUCUAAGAGCGGAGCACAGGCGGCAGAGUGGCCCGGGGCAGCAUGAAGUGGAGCUGGGGCCCAGUGCUGCUCUUCGCGGGUGCCACGGUCCUCAUGGAGGGUAAGCCGCCGUGCGUGGGGGUAUGGGGGUGACCUGGUGGGGGCUCAGGAGCCAUCUCUGCCCCAGCAGUCCCUGCUCCUUGGUGGGGGGACUGCCUGUGGGCGACAGUCCACCAGUGGGGAUGUAACUCCGUGGGACUCUGUGGGGCGGUAUAUGUGGCCACCUGCGUCAACAUGGAUGAGAUUUUCUCGGGCCAGCUGCAGUUUGCGUUGGCGGGGCCUGUGGUCUUUGUGUGUGUGGUGCUGCCUGUGUGUGUCCUAUACCCGCCUCCCCCUCGACUUCCACAAUAACCUCAGGCAAACUCGGGGCUCCUCUGGCCUUAGUUUCCCUUUCUUUUCAUCCAUCCUCUGGGCAGCCUGGCUCAGCUGUCUCAUGGGGGUGCCUGUGUGCCUGUGAGGAGUGGCGGGCAGGGGCCCUCUCUCUGGCGAGCUCUCAGGCGGUUUCUGGGAAGGUGGGGAAGACUGAGUCUCUAGACCAGGGUGAGGUAAGUCCAUUUCUUGGGGCCCUCCUCCCUUGGAAAUGACGCAGGCCUCUAAUCCUUCUUUUAGGCCUCUGCUGCUGAGAGGACAAUUAAGCUAAUGCUCUCCACACACACAGAGGCCGCCUCCCUGACUCAGUGGCGGGGGCAGGACUUGGGGGUUCUGAAGCCUGGAGGAGGGUUGGCCUACUCCCAAGCUGAACCUCAAGCCCCGGAGUGCUGAGCACAGCUGAAGGAGAAUUAAUUACUGAGUGUGAAUGCUGAAUAGGUUCCAAUAAAAGCUGUCUUGACCUCAUAUAAAUAUUUUCAUUCUGGGAGGGGCUGGUGAGGUAAUCAGAGUCACAAGCAAGGACCCUGGGCCCGCCCCCCAGCCCAUUCCCUCUCCUCCCCAAAGCUAGGCAGGCCUGGAGUCUCACCUGUGUCUCUCUCUUCCCAGGUCUUCAAGCCGCUCAGCGUGGUAAGGUCUGGGGAUGCGGUGCCUGGGCCUUACUUGGGUCUGGGUCGGGACUGGGGUGAGGUCAGGACAGGGAUCUGCUGUCAUUGUGACCCAACCCUCUCCACAGCCUGUGGACAGCGUGGCCCCGGUCCCCCCAAGCCUCAGGAGGGCAACACAGUCCCCGGCGAGUGGCCCUGGCAGGCCAGUGUGAGGAGGCAGGGAGCCCACAUCUGCAGCGGCUCCCUGGUGGCGGACACCUGGGUCCUCACCGCUGCCCACUGCUUUGAAAAGGCAGCAGCGAUAGAACUGAACUCCUGGUCAGUGGUCCUGGGUUCUCUGCAGCGUGAGGGACUCAGCCCUGGGGCCGAAGAGGUGGGGGUGGCUGCCCUGCAGUUGCCCAGGGCCUAUAACCACUAUAGCCAGGGCUCAGACCUGGCCCUGCUGCGGCUCACCCACCCCAUGAGCCACACACCCCUCUGCCUGCCCCAGCCUGCCCAUCGCUUCCCCUUUGGAGCCUCCUGCUGGGCCACUGGCUGGGAUCAGGACACCAGUGAUGCUCCUGGGACCCUACGGAAUCUGCGCCUGCGUCUCAUCAGUCGCCCCACAUGUAACUGCAUCUAUAACCAGCUGCACCAGCGACACCUGUCCAACCCGGCCCGGCCUGGGAUGCUAUGUGGGGGCCCCCAGCCUGGGGUGCAGGGGCCCUGUCAGGGAGAUUCUGGGGGCCCUGUGCUGUGCCUCGAGCCCGAUGGACACUGGGUUCAGGCUGGCAUCAUCAGCUUUGCAUCAAGCUGUGCCCGGGAGGACGCUCCUGUGCUGCUGACCAACACAGCUGCUCACAGUUCCUGGUUGCAGUCUCGAGUUCAGGGGGCGGCUUUCCUGGCCCAGAGCCCAGAGACCCCAGAGAUGAGUGACGAGGACAGCUGUGUAGCCUGUGGAUCCUUGAGGACAGCAGGUCCUCAGGCAGGAGCACCCUCCCCAUGGCCCUGGGAUGCCAGACUGAUGCACCAGGGGCAGCUGGCCUGUGGCGGAGCCCUGGUGUCAGAGGAGGCGGUGCUGACUGCUGCCCACUGCUUCAUCGGGCGCCAGGCCCCAGAGGAAUGGAGCGUAGGGCUGGGGACCAGACCGGAGGAGUGGGGCCUGAAGCAGCUCAUCCUGCAUGGGGCCUACACCCACCCCGAGGGGGGCUACGACGUGGCCCUCCUGCUGCUGGCCCAGCCUGUGACACUGGGUGCCAGCCUGCGGCCCCUCUGCCUGCCCUAUGCUGACCACCACCUGCCUGACGGGGAGCGCGGCUGGGUCCUGGGACGGGCCCGCCCAGGAGCAGGCAUCAGCUCCCCCCAGACAGUGCCUGUGACCCUCCUGGGGCCUAGGGCCUGCAGCCGGCUGCAUACAGCUCCUGGGGGUGACGGCAGCACUAUUCUGCCGGGGAUGGUGUGUACCAGUGCUGUGGGUGAGCUGCCCAGCUGUGAGGGCCUGUCUGGGGCACCACUGGUGCAUGAGGUGAGGGGCACGUGGUUCCUGGCCGGGCUGCACAGCUUCGGAGAUGCUUGCCAAGGCCCCGCCAGGCCGGCGGUCUUCACUGCGCUCCCUGCCUACGAGGACUGGGUCAGCAGUUUGGACUGGCAAGUCUACUUCGCCGAGGAGCCAGAGCCCGAGGCUGAGUCUGGAAGCUGCCUGGCCAACAUGAGUAUGUGGCCCCGGGACCUCCUGCCAAACCCUGCCUCUCCAGGACCCUUCUCUCUCCAGUGAGGGGGCCAACCAGCCAGCUGCUGACAGGGGACCUGGCCAUUCUCAGGACAAGAGAAUGCAGACAGGCAAACAGCAUUACUGCCCCUGCCCUCCCCACCUUGCCGUGUGUGAUUCCAGGCACCAGGGCAGGCCCAGAAGCCCAGCAGCUGUGGGAAGGAACCUGCCCGGGGCCACAGGUGCCCACUCCCCACCCUGCAGGACAGCGGUGUCUGUGGACACUCCCACACCCAGCUCUGCUCCCACACAGGCGUCCCAGCUUUCCUCCUCCUUUACCCUUUCAGAUACAAUCACGCCAGCCACAUGUUUUGAAAAUUUCUUUUUUUGGGGGGCAGCAGUUUUCCUUUUUUUAAACUUAAAUAAAUUGUUACAAAAUAGACUUUA